GCCCGGAGGUCAGUCAUGCUGUUCCCGCGCCAGGUGGCCGCUGUUACCUCUUCGGUCCGCGACGAUCCUCUAGAGUACUGUGUGUCUACGCGGACGCGAGCCCGCUCCCCUGAAUGGAGUCUCACUCUGUUGCCCAGACUGGAGUGGAGUGGCAUGAUCUCGGCUCACCGCAACCUCCACCUGCCUGGUUCAAGUGAUUCUCCUGCCUCAGUGUCCCCUAGUAGCUGGGAUUACAGAAUCUGCAAAAUGGCUGAUAAUUUGGAUGAAUUUAUUGAAGAGCAAAAAGCCAGAUUGGCCGAAGACAAAGCUGAGUUGGAAAGUGAUCCACCUUACAUGGAAAUGAAGGGAAAGUUGUCAGAGAAGCUUUCUGAAAACAGUAAGAUACUGAUCUCUAUGGCUAAGGAAAACAUACCACCAAAUAGUCAACGGACCAGGGGUUCCUUAGGAAUUGAUUAUGGAUUAAGUUUACCACUUGGAGAAGACUAUGAACGGAAGAAACAUAAAUUAAAAGAAGAAUUGCGGCAAGAUUACAGACGUUAUCUUACUCAGAAAAAUUUUCUAUCUACGAGUGAAACAGAUCCAUCUACUUUGGGAGUUUCUCUUCCUAUUGGUGAGAGGUUAUCUGCUAAGGAAAGGUUGAAACUUGAACGUAACAAAGAAUACAAUCAGUUUCUCAGGGGUAAGGAAGAAUCCAGUGAAAAGUUCAGACAGGUGGAAAAGAGUACUGAGCCCAAGAGUCAGAGAAAUAAAAAACCUAUUGGUCAAGUUAAGCCUGAUUUAACUUCACAAAUACAGACAUCUUGUGAAAAUUCAGAGGGUCCUAGAAAAGAUGUCUUAACUCCUUCAGAGGCAUAUGAAGAACUUCUGAACCAAAGACGACUAGAGGAGGACAGAUACCGACAACUAGAUGAUGAAAUCGAAUUAAGGAAUAGAAGAAUUAUUAAAAAAGCAAAUGAAGAAGUGGGCAUUUCCAACCUAAAACAUCAAAGGUUUGCAAGCAAGGCUGGCAUUCCAGAUAGAAGAUUUCACAGAUUUAAUGAGGAUCGUGUUUUUGAUAGACGGUAUCAUAGACCAGACCAAGAUCCUGAAGUAAGUGAAGAAAUGGAUGAGAGGUUUAGAUAUGAAAGUGAUUUUGAUAGAAGACUUUUGAGAGUGUAUACAAGUGACAGGAUGCACAGGAACAGACGAGGGAAUAUGCCUCCUAUGGAACAUGAUGGGGAUGUUAUAGAACAGUCAAACAUAAGAAUUUCAUCUGCUGAAAAUAAAAGUGCUCCAGACAAUGAAACAUCCAAAUCUGCUAAUCAAGAUACCUGUAGUCCUUUUGCAGGGAUGCUCUUUGGAGGUGAAGAUCGAGAACUUAUUCAGAGAAGGAAAGAGAAAUACAGACUAGAACUAUUGGAACAAAUGGCUGAGCAACAGAGGAACAAGAGACGAGAAAAAGAUUUAGAACUCAGGGUUGCAGCGUCUGGAGCACAAGACCCUGAGAAAUCGCCUGAUAGACUAAAGCAGUUUAGUGUGGCACCAAGACACUUUGAAGAGAUGAUACCACCUGAAAGACCCAGAAUAGCUUUCCAGACACCUCUCCCUCCUUUAUCUGCCCCAUCUGUCCCACCCAUCCCAUCAGUUCAUUCCGUUCCUUCUCAAAAUGAAGAUUUGCGCAGUGGACUCAGCAGCGCCCUUGGUGAAAUGGUGUCUCCCAGGAUUGCACCUCUGCCUCCACCUCCCCUACUACCACCUUUGGCUACUAACUAUCGAACUCCUUAUGAUGAUGCAUACUAUUUUUAUGGGGCCAGGAAUACUUUGGAUCCCAGUCUUGCUUAUUAUGGUUCAGGAAUGAUGGGCGUACAGCCUGCAGCUUAUGUUAGUGCUCCUGUCACCCACCAACUAGCACAACCUGUUGUGAAUACGGUUGGACAGAAUGAACUGAAGAUUACAAGUGAUCAAGUGAUAAAUUCAGGAUUGAUUUUUGAAGAUAAACCGAAACCUUCCAAACAGUCACUUCAGUCUUACCAAGAGGCUUUGCAGCAGCAGAUUCGGGAAAGAGAAGAAAGAAGGAAGAAAGAACGUGAAGAAAAAGAAGAAUAUGAAGCUAAAUUAGAAGCUGAAAUGAGAACAUAUAAUCCCUGGGGAAAAGGUGGAGGUGGUGCUCCUCUCAGGGAUGCAAAAGGAAAUCUGAUAACUGAUUUGAAUAGGAUGCACAGACAAAAUAUAGAUGCCUACCAUAACCCAGAUGCAAGAACAUAUGAAGAUAAAAGGGCUGUUGUAUCUCUAGACCCAAAUUUAGCCACUUCAAAUGCUGAGAACCUAGAAGAUGCUGCAAAUAAAAGCUCAGGUCAUAUGCAAACACAGAGCUCUCCUUUUGCUCGGGGAAAUGUAUUUGGUGAGCCUCCAACUGAACUUCAGGUUAAACAGCAAGAAUUAUACAAGAAUUUUCUUCGUUUUCAGAUUGAGGAAAAGAAACAAAGAGAGGAAGCAGAGCGAGAGAGACUGAGAAUUGCAGAAGAAAAAGAAGAAAGACGGCUUGCAGAACAGAGGGCACGAAUUCAGCAGGAGUAUGAAGAGGAACAGGAAAAGAAAAGGGAGAAAGAGGAGGAGCAAAGGCUAAAAAAUGAAGAGCAUAUUCGGUUAGCUGAAGAAAGACAAAAAGAAGCAGAAAGAAAGAAGAAAGAAGAAGAAGAAAAAUAUAACCUGCAACUUCAGCACUACUAUGAAAGAGACAGUUUGAUUGGGGAAGAAACAAAGCGCAUGAGACAGCCUUCUCCUAUAGUUCCUGCUCUUCAGAACAAAAUUGCGAGCAAACUCCAAAGACCUCCUUCAGUUGACAGCAUCAUACGUUCCUUUAUUCAUGAAAGUUCCAUGUCCAGGGCACAGUCACCCCCGGUACCUGCCAGGAAAAAUCAGCUCCGUGCAGAAGAGGAGAAAAAAAAUGUAAUUAUGGAAUUAUCAGAAAUGAGAAAACAGCUUCGUAGUGAAGAGAGGCGUCUACAAGAGCGAUUGCUACACAUGGACAGUGAUGAUGAAAUUCCUAUCAGGAAAAGGGAAAGGAAUCCCAUGGAUAUAUUUGAUAUGGCUAGACAUCGGUUGCAAGCUCCUGUCAGAAGACAGUCCCCUAAGGGCUUAGAUGCUGCCACUUUUCAGAAUAUUCAUGAUUUUAAUGAGCUGAAAGAUAGAGAUUCAGAAACACGAGUUGAUCUGAAAUUUAUGUACCCGGAUCCUCCAAGAGAUCAUCACACCUUAGAGAUUCAGCAGCAAGCCCUGCUAAGAGAACAGCAGAAGAGGCUGAACAGAAUAAAAAUGCAGGAAGGUGCCAAAGUUGACUUAGAUGCCAUCCCAAGUGCUAAAGUACGAGAGCAAAGAAUGCCCAGAGAUGACACUAGUGAUUUCUUGAAAAACUCAUUAUUGGAAUCUGAUAGUGCUUUUAUUGGGGCUUAUGGUGAGACAUAUCCUGCCAUUGAAGAUGACGUCCUCCCUCCACCAUCACACUUGCCCACUGCACGGGAGCGCAGGAGGAACAAAUGGAAAGGACUAGACAUUGAUAGCAGUCGUCCUAAUGUAGCACCAGAUGGUCUCUCUCUCAAAUCUAUAUCCAGUGUAAAUGUUGAUCAGCUUAGAACGAGAAAUGAGGAACGAAUGCGAAGACUGAAUGAAUUUCACAAUAAACCUAUUAAUACAGAUGAUGAGAGUUCACUGGUUGACCCUGAUGACAUCAUGAAACACAUAGGGGAUGACGGAUCAAACUCUGUAGCAACUGAGCCCUGGCUCCGCCCUGGCACUUCAGAAACGCUGAAACGCUUCAUGGCAGAGCAGCUGAACCAGGAGCAGCAGCAGAUUCCUGGAAAACCAGGCACUUUCACUUGGCAGGGCCUGUCGACUGCACAUGGUUAAAAUAAACCUGUAUUGGACCCAGUAGUGCCUUUUAAGGUGAAAGGAAUGGUAAAUCUGUACCUUUAAUAGUAUGUCCUACUUUUGGCCCCUACCUGAAAGUUACUUUUUUUCCAUCAUCAUCUGUAUAUAAAAUUAUUUUUAUCAUGAUGUAUAUUGUGUACAUAAAUAAAAGGCCAUGAUUAUUGAUUUAUAUAAUAGAAUUGUAUAGAUUAUUUUUGCACAAUUUUGUCAUAAAUUAGGGUGGUAAUGAACUGGAUCGAACUACUAUAUGUGCAUUAUAUUGAAUUCUGCUUGUCAUUAAGAUAAGGUGAAUAAGUGUCUUAACCAUCCUGUAAAACCAGACUCCCCUUUGUUACGUGCACAUUUUCCAUCGUCACCUUGAUGCAGAAGAACUCACUCAGUAGGUGCAUCUUUUGUAGCUGUGAUUACUCCAGUUUCUGUGUGAUGCAAUCAAUCAAAUGUCCUAUUAUUUCAUGUCAGUCAGUCAUUUGUAGCUACUGAUACAGUAGAAAUGAAGGGAACAGUAAUUAAUUGCUUGUAUUUUUGUAAGCCAUAUGUUAAAUGUUACAUCAUCUUUCUGCUUCUAUUUUUAUGCCAGUGAAGGUAUUUGUCUUAAGUUACUAAUUUAUAUGAUGUAACUACUUCUUGAUAUAAAUAAAUUAUUUUAAUUAAUUACUAAACUCUUUUUAACUACUAUGGAGCUUUCUAGACUAGUUUUCUAGAAGUUGAAUAGAGGUGGGGACACCCGGGAGUCAGUCAAGGACAGAGACUGGAGUCUUCUUGUUCCACCAUGGAACCUUGGAUAAGUGAGUCCAUGUGAGUUUUCUAAUCAAUCAAUCAUUCAGUAAGUGAUACUUCUAAAAAAGGAAACAGUCAAAUUAUGAAAUUCUGACUCGGAUUAGAAUCUUCAGAACCAUGACAGCUGAGAAUAUCCCCAGGCACUGCUUCUCUCUCUAAUACUCCUCUGACGUAAUUAAUGGUAGACAAUAUCAGACAAAUUUGCCACAGUUAAAUUACUGACAUUUUGAGUUUUGGCUACUUGUAAAUUUUUAUUUGAUUUUCUAAUCGGACCAUUGUUUGUUUGCUUUACUCGUAAAAAUUUGUUCUGUUGUCAUCUGAAAGUAAGAAGAAAGCCUCUGACUCUUCUAGGGGAAAAGUCCUGAUACUACAACAUUAAAUAAUCAACUGCCAGGUUGUGUGGAGCACUUACCCUCAAUGCGGCAAGGUCAGUGGCUCGCAGCUCUAGUAUCCAGCUGGGCCUGAACAGAGCUAGAGCUGUCUUAGGUGUAACAAAUACGGCACACUUACUUACAAAUGCAUUGUUCAGUAACUGUUCAUUAUCUAAGAGAGGUGUGAAAGCAAAGACUGAAUACUUUUCCUCUUUAACACAACCAUGUUAGAUGAUAUUGACACGUUUUUGUUUAAUGCCAUGUACCACACAACUUCAACUGACUCCUCGAACACACAAUAUUGCAAACCGUGCUGAAGAGAACUUUAGCUCUUUUCAGCAUUCAAGUAGUGUAGCCUGAUGCUAGGUUAUUAAGAUGCAAAAAAUAUUUAUUAAAAGAUUUUUGGGCUGGAUAUGGUGGCUCACGCCUAUAAUCCCAGCACUUCUUUGGGAGGCUGAGUUGGGAGGAUCACUUCAGGUCCAAGAGUUUGAGACCAGCAUGGGCAAUAUAGUGAGAUCCCAUCUCUACAAAAAAAAAUUUUUUUAAAUUAUUAGGCAAGUGUAGUGGUGUGUGCCUAUAGUCCUCACUACUGGGGAGGGUGGAGUGUGAGAAUCGUGAGCCCAGUUUGAGGCUACAGUGAGCUGUGCUCAUACCACUGCACUCCAGCCUGGACAACAGAGUGAGAUCCGGUCUCUAAAAGAUAAAUAAAAAUUUUAAAAAUUGCCUUAAAAAUGAGUAUCCUAUGGUAAGUACAGUGUAAGGGAGGAUCUAAUGCUAGAAGCUGGAAAGAAAAUACCAGAACCAAACAAUAUUGAAUUUGUAGUUCUGGCUGAAAAUGUCUUUUCCAUAGUUGUUCAGCCUUAAUAGAACAGAAUCAAUGAAACAUGGGGGUGGGUUAUACAGGUUUUGAUUGCACUGAUGAAAUAAUUCAAAAACUUUAUUGACCUAUAACCUGAUUAGAAUAUGCCAGAUGAGAAUCAAUAUUGUACAGAAAGUUGUACAGAAUUUUUACAUAGAAAACUUUACAUCUGUACCAUAUACAUUUUAUCCAUCUGAAAAAAUUUUCUACAUCCACUGUUAAUACGGAAUGCUUGACAAUCUUGUCUUUUAACCAUCAGAGCACAAUUCACAGUAUGAAUACAUUUCCAGUAAAUCUAACCUCCGCAAACCAUGCCAGAUUUGUUAUUUUAAUAUAUUCAACAUUAAAUUCUGUACAUAGAGUAAAAUCUACAUCAAGCUCCACCACCCAAAAGAAAAGAAAAUGACAGCAAUCUGGAUUCAUUUUGCAGUGAUUCAAGUUUUGGUCCAUAAAGGAUCAUUCUAUUUUAAUGGCUCAUCUUUAAAAGUCCUAAGAGAAAUAUGUGACAGGUAGUUACUGUCAGUAGGGGUACUUUCUACCUUUUUUUUCCCUGUUGUUGAAGUGUCGGCCACAACAGCUUCUGGGCAUGUUAAAGCCUCAAAAUCACCACCUACCAAAAAGGGCAAAAACUAAAAAUCCCCACAAAAUAAAAAAGAAGGUUCCACCCAAAUGUUUAGUGCAUUUGACAAAAUAUUAUGGGUAUUUAGCAAAUGAAUAAGAAAAUAAAGAAAGAAAACAGUGCAGGAAGAACUAUAUAAUGUUUAAGAUUUUUAUAUUACAGACCUGCAUCUCUGUACAUUUUUCACAGGAUGAUUACCAGUAUCUCAGAUAGCCUGAGUGUGCAAAAAUCUUCAGAAUAAGAAUACCAUAGCUGCUAAAUAUCUUUUACCAUGAACAAUAAUUUCUUCUUCUCUCCCCACUCCCUAAUUAUAAACAUUUUAUCCUUCAAAAUACAGCUCUCCUGAGUUGUACUUCUUGUAGAAGUUCAAUCUUUACAUCUAUAGUUCUUUGGGUAAGUUUCACUUCCACGCCUGCCAAAAAUAUGUGGGGCUUUUCCUGCCGUGGAAGACAGAGAAGGACCCGUGAGCAUGAGCUGACACUGUUUAAACAGGCUUUCUGCUCAACAGGAGGCCAACAUAACACAAAAUCCGCCAGCACUAAAAGGGACUGGAGUGUUGCAAGUUUGAGUAAGACUUCUAAGCAUCUUUACCAGUAACUCUCAGACACUGCAAUCCACAGAAAUCAUUUUUCAGGUAGGAAACCUCAGCUCCAGCGUCCUUUUAAAGAGCGGAGGGAUGUAAACGCCAACAAAAAUAUUAAGUUCCCAUCAUUGCUUGUUUAUUCCAAGUUCCUGUUCAGGUGGUUGUGAUAUCUGAAAAACGACUCCGAUUCGCAGAAAAAAUCUUCUAAGAACAGCACGAAGUUCAGGAAUCAAGUCAAAUUGCAUAAUUUCACAUAAGAGAGGGUAGUAGAAUGAUGCAUGAGCUUUAAACUGCAGGGAAAAUGAAUUUCUCCAUUAGUAGUGAUUGCAAACUGCAGAGCCUUAAACUGCCUAGAGGCAAACUACUCUGGGGCUCCAUCACAGGAGCCAGGAAAGCAGGGUCCACAGCAGGCAGUGACUCUGUGGGUUGUGGAACUGAGAGACAGAAGUGUUAGAAAAACUCACUUCAUACAAACACUAUCCACUUACAUAUCCUUAUUUUGAAAAACAUUUGCCUGUAUAUCUUUGACAAACUUUUAGUAAUUUAGCACUGUUUUUCCUGGGUAAUAAGCAAAAGCAGGCAACUGAGUACAAACUAGAGUUGAGUUUUUAUAAGCUAUGGGUUACUGAAAUUUUAUCUUUUGUUACAUAAAAAUUGUAAGUUUUGGGGAAAAUUCUACCUAACACUGCAAUAUAAAAUCUAAACAGUUCUUCCGGCAAAGCUACAUACGUUUCACAUGUACAGUUGAAUUGCUAUACUUUGGCUGUGUCUUCACAGUAGUUCCUUUAUCUCUGAACUCUGGUCUGCAGCCUCCUUUCCUACCCCUCUCUGCCCCUCCAGAUCCAGGGAAGCAGUGAGACAUACUACGGCAAAAAAAAAGCCAGCUGUGAAGUAACAGAGGCUGGGAUUUACCCCUUGGCCUUUUGAGUAGUGGGCCACAUCACUAGGCAUUUUUAAACCUGUUCUAGGGUCACAGCAAAGCAACCUGUAUGUGUGAGCUGUAAGUUGCUAUUAUUUUUUCUAAGAGUAGAAUGUACAUUUUUGAAAACCUUAAAAUAAAUAUGCACUUAUAUUUA